AUGCUGUUCUCAAACGUCUUCUUACCCACAGCGCUCCUCGCAGCCCAAGCCGCAGCCCACGGCGCCGUUACCAGCUAUGUCAUCGACGGAGUGACAUAUCCAGGAUACGAAGGCUUCUCGCCUUCCUCACCCAAGACCAUCCAACGCCAAUGGUCUGACUACAACCCCACCAUGAGCGUCAACGACAAGAAGGUUAUGUGCAACGGCGGCACCUCAGCCGAUCUCUCCGCCAAGGUAGCAGCCGGCGGGAAGAUUCGCGCAAACUGGAAGCAAUGGACCCACGAACAAGGGCCUGUGAUGGUCUGGAUGUACAAGUGCGCUGGCGACUUUAAGAGCUGUGAUGGUUCUGGAAAGAAGUGGUUCAAGAUCGAUCAAGAAGGCAUGACCGCACCUCCCCUCUCGGGCCGCAGCUGGGGCACCGCCAAGGUCCUCAAGAACUUGUACUGGGAGUCCAAGGUCCCUGCGUCCCUCGCACCGGGCAACUACCUCGUUCGUCACGAGCUUCUUGCUCUUCACCAGGCCAACUCACCUCAGUUUUAUGCUGAGUGCGCACAAAUCGAAGUCACGGGUUCUGGCAGUGUUUCUCCGAGUGGUGACUACUUGGCGAACAUUCCUGGAUACGCGGCGCAGAGUGACCCAGGAAUCAUGGUUGACACAUAUGGUAGCAAGGCUACUACGUAUACUUGCCCUGGACCCAAUGUGUGGACUGGAUAG